CUGCUCUGGCCACAGCCUGCCAACUGUCACAGGCUUCUCCGGCGCAGACAUACACUCGCCUGCCUCUCGGCACAAAGACAGCGCUGUGCUUGUGGCCAGCCCGCUGCUCCUGACUUCCAGGUACUUUAACCCAUGGAGCUGGUUCCCUCAAGGAUCUAGGCUUUCCCCCUGGGAAAGACAAUAAUUUCUUCGAGAAGAUAAGGAACAACUGAUUUGAAUUCUACCCUGUGCUUCCAAGCUUCCAAUUUGAGCCUGAAAGUGAAAAACCCUAAGGCUCCAGCAGCAUCCAGCCAACACUCCUCACCAUGGGGGCCACAACUAGGCUGUUGGUGGGGAUCUUCAUAGCUUUGCUUGCUCUCCCCACCAAAGGUGGGGUCCUUAAGAAAGUCAUCCGGCACAAACGACAAAGUGGGGUGAACCUCACCCUGCCAGAGGAGAACCAACCAGUGGUGUUUAACCAUGUCUACAAUAUCAAGCUGCCCAUGGGGUCUCAGUGUUCAGUGGAUUUAGAAUCAGCCGGUGUGGAGAAAGAUCUGGCCCCACAGUCAGAGCCCAGCGAAAGCUUCCAGGAGCAGACGGUAGACGGGGAAAACCAGAUCGUCUUCACACACCGCAUCAAUAUCCCUCGCCGAGCCUGUGGCUGUGCUGCCGCCCCUGAUAUCAAGGAGCUCCUGAGCAGGCUAGAGGAGCUGGAGAGCCUGGUCUCUUCCUUGCGGGAGCAGUGUACCACGGGAGCAAGCUGCUGUCCUCAGUCUGCCGAAGGCCGCCUGGAUACCAGGCCCUUCUGCAGUGGCCGUGGGAACUUCAGCACCGAAGGAUGUGGCUGCGUGUGUGAACCUGGCUGGAAAGGCCCCAACUGCUCUGAGCCCGAAUGCCCAGGCAACUGUCACCUGCGAGGCCAGUGCAUUGAGGGGCAGUGCGUCUGCCCUGAGGGCUUCACCGGAGAGGACUGCAGCCAGCUGGCCUGUCCCAGCGACUGCAACGACCAGGGCAAGUGUGUAAACGGCGUCUGUGUCUGUUUCGAAGGCUAUGCGGGGGCUGACUGCAGCCAGGAGGUCUGCCCUGUGCCCUGCAGCAAGGAGCACGGCAGGUGUGUGGACGGACGGUGUGUGUGCAAGGACGGCUUUGCCGGCGACGACUGCAACGAGCCCCUCUGCCUCAACAACUGCUACAACCGUGGGCGGUGCGUGGAGAACGAGUGUGUGUGCGAUGAGGGCUUCACGGGCCAGGACUGCAGCGAGCUCACCUGCCCUAGGGACUGCUUCGACCGGGGCCGCUGCCUCAACGGCACCUGCUCCUGCGAAGAAGGCUUCACCGGGGAAGACUGCGGCCAGCUCACCUGCCCGAAUGCCUGCCGUGGCCAGGGCCGGUGCGAGGAGGGCCAGUGCGUGUGUGACGAGGGCUUCGCAGGGGCGGACUGCAGUGAGAAGCGGUGUCCUGCAGACUGUCACAACCACGGCCGCUGCGUCGCCGGGCAGUGUGAGUGUGACGAUGGCUUCACGGGACCCGAGUGUGGAGAGCUCAAGUGCCCCAACGACUGUAGCCAUCACGGCCGCUGCGUCAACGGGCAAUGCGUGUGUGACGAGGGCUACACCGGGGAGGACUGCAGCCAGAGGCGCUGCCCCAACGACUGCAACAGCCGGGGUCGCUGUGUCCAGGGCAAGUGUGAGUGCGAGCAAGGCUUCCAGGGCUACGACUGCGGUGAAAUGAGCUGCCCCAGUGACUGUCACCAGCGUGGGCACUGUGUGAAUGGCAUGUGUGUCUGUGACGACGGUUACACGGGUGAGGACUGCCGGGACCUGCGAUGCCCCAAGGACUGUAGCAACCGGGGCCACUGUGUGGACGGGCAGUGUGUGUGCGAGGACGGCUUCACCGGCCCUGACUGUGCAGAACUCUCCUGUCUGAAUGACUGCCACCAGCAGGGCCGCUGUGUGAAUGGGCAGUGCGUGUGCCACGAAGGUUUCAUGGGCAGAGACUGCAAGGAGCAAAGGUGCCCCGAUGACUGCAAUGGUCGGGGCCGCUGCGUGGAUGGCCAGUGCAUCUGCCACGAGGGCUUCACAGGCCUGGACUGUGGGCAGCGCUCCUGCCCCAAUGACUGCAGCAACUGGGGAGAGUGUGUCUCAGGCCGCUGCAUCUGCAAUGAAGGCCAUGCCGGGGAAGACUGUUCUGAGGUGUCCCCUCCCAAAGACCUCGUCGUGACAGAAGUAACAGAAGAGACAGUGAACCUGGCCUGGGACAAUGAGAUGCGAGUCACAGAGUAUCUCAUCAUGUACACGCCUACCCACGCAGGUGGCCUAGAAAUGCAGUUCCGAGUCCCCGGAAAUAAGACAUCCGCCACCAUCCGGGAGUUGGAGCCUGGUGUGGAAUACCUCAUCCGUGUGUUCGCCAUCCUGGAAAACAAGAGAAGUAUUCCCGUCAGCGCCAGGGUGGCCACUUACUUGCCUACACCUGAAGGCUUAAAAUUCAAGUCCAUCAAGGAGACAUCUGUGGAAGUAGAGUGGGAUCCUCUGGACAUUGCUUUUGAAACCUGGGAGAUCAUCUUCCGGAAUAUGAAUAAAGAAGAUGAGGGAGAGAUCACAAAAAGCCUGAGGAGGCCAGAGACCACAUAUCAGCAAACUGGCCUAGCUCCUGGGCAAGAGUAUGAGAUAUCACUGCACAUCGUGAAAAACAACACCCGAGGUCCUGGUCUGAAAAGGGUGACAACCACCCGCUUGGAUGCCCCCAGCCAAGUCGAGGUGAAAGACGUCACAGACACCACUGCUCUGAUCACCUGGUUCAAGCCCCUGGCUGAGAUUGAUGGCAUCGAGCUCUCCUAUGGGAUCAAAGACGUGCGGGGUGACCGCACCACCAUCGACCUCAUGCCUGAUGAGAACCAGUACUCCAUCGGGAAGCUAAAGCCAGACACUGAGUACGAGGUGUCCCUCAUUUCCCGCAGGGGUGACAUGUCAAGCAACCCAGCCAGAGAGACCCUCACUACAGGCCUGGAUGCUCCCAGGAAUCUCAGACGCAUCUCCCAGACAGACAACAGCAUCACCCUGGAAUGGAGGAACGGCAAGGCUGCCAUCGACAACUAUAGAAUUAAGUACGCACCCAUCUCCGGAGGUGACCACGCAGAGGUUGACGUCCCGAAGAGCCAACAAGCCACAACCAAAACCACGCUCACAGGUCUGAGGCCAGGAACUGAAUAUGGAAUUGGAGUGUCCGCUGUGAAGGAGGACAAGGAGAGCAACCCAGCCACCAUCAAUGCGGCCACAGAGAUAGAUGCUCCCAAGGACCUCCGGGUGUCAGAAACUACGGAAACCACCCUGAAUCUGCUCUGGAAGACACCCCUGGCCAAGUUUGACCAUUACCGCCUCAACUACAGCCUCCCCAUGGGGCAGCAGAUGCAGGUGCAGCUUCCCAGAGACACCACCUCCCACGUUCUGAGAGGCCUGGAGCCUGGACAGGAAUACACCAUCAUCCUUACGGCAGAGAAAGGAAGACACAAGAGCAAACCCGCGCGGGUAAAGGCAUCCACCGAACAAGCCCCUGAACUGGGAAGCUUCACAGUGACUGAGGUUGGCUGGGAUGGCCUCCAACUCAACUGGACCGCAGCCGACCAGGCCUAUGAGCACUUUGUCAUUCAGGUGCAGGAAGCUAACAAGGUGGAGGCAGCUCAGAACCUCACGGUGCCUGGUAGCCUGAGGGCUGCGUACAUCCCAGGUCUCAAGGCUGCCACCCCCUAUACAGUCACCAUCUAUGGGGUGAUUCGGGGCUAUAGAACACCAGCACUCUCUGCCGAGGCCUCCACAGGGGACACUCCCAAGUUGGGAGAGGUAGCAGUGACCGAGGUGGGCUGGGAUGCCCUCAAGCUCAACUGGACCGCUCCAGAAGGGGCCUAUGAGCUCUUUUUCAUUCAGGUGCAGGAGACAGACACAUUAGAGGCAGCCCACAACCUAACAGUCCCGGGAGGACUGAGGUCCGUGGACCUCACUGGGCUCAAAGCAGACACUCAUUAUAGCAUCACCAUCCGUGGGGUCACUCAGGACUACAGCACAACCCCUGUCUCUGUUGAAGUCUUGACAGAGGAGGUUCCAGAUGUGGGAAACCUAACAGUGACCGAAGUUAGCUGGGAUACCCUCAGACUGGACUGGACUGCCCCACAUGGAACCUAUGAACAGUUUGUCAUUCAGGUCCAGGAGGCUGACCGGGCAGAAGAGGCUCGCAAUCUUACAGUUCCUGGCAGCCUGCGUUUGGUGGAAAUCCCAGGCCUUAGGGCUGGUACUUCUUACACAAUCACUCUGCAAGGUGUGGUGAGGGGCCGCAGCACUCGACCCCUUGCUGUGGAAGUCAUCACAGAGGAACUCCCCCAGCUGGGAGAGUUGGCCGUGACUGAGGUUGGCUGGGAUGGCCUCCAACUCAACUGGACCGCAGCCGACCAGGCCUAUGAGCACUUUGUUAUUCAGGUGCAGGAGGCUAACAAGGUGGAGGCAGCUCAGAACCUCACGGUGCCUGGUAGCCUGAGGGCUGUGUACAUCCCAGGUCUCAAGGCUGCCACCCCCUAUAGAGUCACCAUCUAUGGGGUGACUCGGGGCUAUAGAACACCAGCACUCUCUGCCGAGGCCUCCACAGCCAAGGAACCUGAAAUUGGAAACUUAAAUGUUUCUGACAUAACUCCUGAGAGCUUCAAUCUCUCCUGGACAGCUACUGAUGGGGUCUUCGAGACCUUUACCAUUGAAAUUAUUGAUUCCAAUAGGUUGCUGGAGACGGUGGAAUAUAAUAUCUCUGGUGCUGAACGAACCACCCAUAUCUCAGGGCUCCCCUCUAGUACUGAUUUUAUUGUCUACCUCUCUGGACUUGCUCCCAGCAUCCGGACCAAAACCAUCAGUACCACAGCCACAACAGAGCCAGAGCCACAGUUGGGCACUCUAAUCCUUAGCAACGUUACUCCCAACAGCUUCAACGUGUCAUGGACCACGAAAGCUGGGCCUUUUGCAAAGAUUGUUAUCAAUGUUAGUGAUUCUCACUCGCUGCUUGAGUCUCAGCAACUCACAGUCUCAGGAGAUGCACGACAUGUUCACGUCAUGGGCUUGGUGGAGAACACUGGCUAUGAUGUUAGCGUGGCAGGGAGCACCUGGGCUGGGCACACCACCAGGCCCCUCGCUGCCUUUGUCAUGACAGAAGCCGAGCCAGAAGUUGACAACCUUCUGGUUUCAGAUGCCACCCCAGAUGGUUUCCGUCUGUCCUGGACAGCUGAUGAUGGAGUCUUCGACACUUUUGUUCUCAAAAUCAGAGAUACCAAAAAGCAAUCUGAGCCACUGGAAAUAACCCUCCUUGCCCCUGAACGUACCAGGGACAUAACUGGUCUCAGAGAGGCCACUGAAUAUGAAAUUGAACUCUAUGGAAUAAGCAGUGGAAGGCGAUCCCAGCCAGUCAAUGCUAUAGCAACAACAGCCAUGGGCUCCCCGAAGGAAAUCAUUUUCUCAGACAUCACUGAAAACUCAGCCACCGUCAGCUGGAAGGCACCCACUGCCCAGGUGGAGAGCUUCCGGAUUACCUAUGUGCCCAUUGCCGGAGGUACACCCUCGGUGGUCACUGUGGAUGGAACCCAGACUCAGACCCGGCUGGUGAAACUCAUUCCUGGAGUGGAGUACCUUGUCAACGUCAUCGCCAUGAAGGGGUUUGAGGAAAGCGACCCCAUCUCAGGAUCACUCACUACAGCUCUGGAUGGUCCAUCUGGCCUGGUGACGGCCAACAUCACCGACUCAGAAGCGUUGGCCAUGUGGCAGCCAGCCAUUGCUACCGUGGACAGUUACGUCAUCUCCUACACAGGGGACAGAGUGCCAGAAAUUACACGCACGGUGUCCGGGAACACAGUGGAGUACGCUCUGACCGACCUCCAGCCUGCCACGGACUACACACUGAGAAUCUUUGCAGAGAAAGGGCCCCAGAAGAGCUCAGUCAUCACUACCAAGUUCACAACAGACCUCGAUUCUCCAAGAGACUUGACCGCUACUGAGGUUCAGUCAGAAACUGCCCUCCUCACCUGGCGACGCCCACGGGCACCUGUAACUGGCUACCUCCUGGUCUAUGAAUCUGUGGACGGGACAGUCAAGGAAGUAAUUUUGGGUCCAGACACCACCUCCUACAACCUGGCAGAGCUGAGCCCAUCCACCCACUACACGGCCAAGAUCCAGGCAUUGAAUGGGCCCCUGAGGAGCAAGGUGAUCCAGACCAUCUUCACCACAACUGGACUCCUGUACCCAUUCCCCAAGGACUGCUCCCAAGCAAUGCUAAAUGGAGACACGACCUCUGGCCUCUACACAAUUUAUCUGAAUGGCGAUAAGGCCCAGCCCCUGCAAGUCUACUGUGACAUGACCUCUGACGGGGGUGGAUGGAUUGUGUUCCUGAGACGCAGCAAUGGACGCGAGGAUUUCUAUCGAAACUGGAAGGCAUAUGCUGCUGGAUUUGGGGACCACAGAGAUGAAUUCUGGUUGGGGCUGGACAACCUGAGCAAAAUCACAGCCCAGGGGCAGUACGAACUCCGGGUGGACCUGCGGGACCACGGAGAGACAGCCUACGCCGUCUACGACAGGUUCAGCGUGGGAGAUGCCAGGUCGCGCUACAAGCUGAAGGUGGAAGGGUACAGCGGGACAGCAGGUGACUCCAUGGCCUACCAUAAUGGCAGAUCCUUCUCCACCUUCGACAAAGACACAGACUCAGCCAUCACCAACUGUGCCUUGUCCUACAAAGGAGCUUUCUGGUAUAAGAACUGUCACCGCGUCAACCUGAUGGGCAGAUAUGGGGACAACAACCACAGUCAGGGCGUUAAUUGGUUCCACUGGAAAGGCCAUGAACACUCAAUCCAGUUUGCUGAGAUGAAGCUGAGACCCAGCAACUUCAGAAAUCUUGAAGGCAGGCGCAAGCGGGCAUAAAUUCCAGGGACAACUGGGUAAGGGAGGAGUAAGGCCCAGAGAAAGGAAAGAAUUUUACCAAAGCAUCAAUACAACCAGUCCAACAAUCAAGCCACACCUGGGCAUUUGGCAAGAGCAAAGUUGACCAUGCACCAUCAGGGCCAACAGUAGCAACAGUGGCCCAACCACUCGGCAAUUACUUCCUUGGCACCAAAGACAACAGUCUCAAUAGGUUUCUGUUUUGAUUCAGCAAAAAUCUUCUAGCGACGGCAUCACAAUGAUUUUUACUUCUCUUGGGUGGCUCUGGGAAUGGGAGAGGGGUAGGCUGUAUGUUGGUAGUUUGUUUUAGAACCAGCCAUAUCUUACACAAAGCUGUAUAAUUAAUGAUCAUUAUUUUUGGUAGCAACGUUUUAAAUGUGUGUCAUUGGAAGACGUCCCUUUUUUACAUUUCAUACAACGGAAACCAGAAAAACCAACACCGUUUUGAUUUUAAGGACAUGAUUAAUAUUAUUAAUAUAAUAAUAAUGGUGAUGAUGAAAACUAAGGAUUUUAAAAGAGAUCUCCUUUCCAAAACACAGCUGGACAGUACCUGACUGUAUUUUUUUUUUUUUUUAAUAAAAGCACAAGUACUUUUAAGUUCGA